UCAUGGACUGACGGCCAAAGAAUCACCUACUUGCCAAUGGCUAAAAAUUCCGGAGUAACAUCUGACUCUGAGUCUUGUUGUAAAGCUUUGAACGAAGCAGGAAAAUUUCGAUUAGCUGGAGGAGUGUGCAAUGAAAGUCUUCCAUAUAUUUGCAAAUAUUUAUUGAAAGAAAUAAUGGCGUCUCCUAGUUCAUUAACUGUUGAAUCACAGACUUGGAAUUCUUUCGAAGUCGCAUGGGCCAGCCCCGUUGAAGGCUGGCUUCCAUCUCGCUACGACAUCACAAUCUGCAACAAGGGAGCUCCCACUGAUUGCAAGAAACAUUUGAAAGACGAUAUUGAAAUGCGUAUUCGAAUCGAAGACUUACAAGAACUAACUGAAUACGAAGUUACUUUAGAAGCUGUUUUUAAACCAGUGGAUAUUAUUACAAAUGCCAAAAUAUCAGCUUACACUUAUCCAAAACUACCAGUGCGGUACAAUUUGUCGGCGACGGGUUCUGUUCUCGUCGAAACACCUAUGCUGAUUGCAUUAGGCCGAAAAGAUGCUCAAGUUACUGGUUCCCUGUUACUCGAUGGCUCAGAAGUAGCGACUUCAUCUGGUAAUGUCAAAUCAGUGACUUUAAAUGGAUUGAUACCUGAAGCUGAUUAUAAACUGAGGGUGCAAGAAACAGGCUCAGACUGGCAACACGAGCUGGAUCUCUAUGCUGCACCUCCAUGCAUAUCGGCAGACAUAAGAAUCGAAGGUGUAUGUAAUCGUUUUGUGAAAGAAGAACUAAUGUUUGAAGAAGCUUUAGCUUAUUGUAACAAACUAGAUUUGAAUCAAAAGAUUUAUCUUCCCUCUCUUUGGUCUCCUUUUACUUUGGAUGGCUUGGAAAAGGCUGCAGAAAACGUAAACUUCCUUUCAAUAUUUUGGUUGAAGUAUGAUAACAAUCGGGUUCUGACUACUAUUGAAACCAAAGGAGAAUGCGCAGCCGAAUCGGAUAAAAAACCCUGUUGUACAUAUGAUGCAUCUAAAAAGGUAUUUGAAUGUUUUUAUUGCUGCAAGAAAGACGCUACUAAAUAUUCUUUCAUAUGCUCCUAUGAAACUGCUUUUCUUGGAAAAGUCACUGAUCUCCAAUCAGAUUCCGUAACGGAUACAUCUUUCAAAUCAAAAUGGUCGAAUCCCACUGAUGUAACUUGGAUAGUAUCCAGAUUUGAGAGUACUUUAGUAUACUCAAAUAACUUAAACGUAUCAGUUUUAGAAAAUUCGUAUGAACGUCUAUAUGAAGGAUUGCCAUAUGGAACAGAAUGUCGUGUAACUGUUACACCUCUUGGCUUAAAAUCAAUAAGAGGAGAAAGUUCUAGCAUUGCUGUGACCACAACGGAUCCGAGAGCUCCUUUGUCUGCUACAGUAAACCAGAAUGGAGUGGUAGAGAUUUCGAGUCCAUUACUGGUGGCGAAAGAGAGGGAAUCCGAAGAAGUGAACGUAGCAGUUCUGGAAAUAGAUCCCAAGAACUCAGAGAAGAAAGCAGUAGCUGUCAUUAGAGGUCAAGCUGGGAAAACAGAUGUGACUGGACUCGACUUUGGUGCUGAAUAUGUUGUAGAAAUGACACCCAUCGAUUCAACAAGCCAACCAUCCUAUAAAUACAGCAUGUCUUUUAAAGCGAUUCCAUCAUGCAAGGAGAAUCAAAUCCAGGAUGAAUUCCUGUGCAUAUGGCCAAAAAAUGAAGCUAAAAUGUGGAAAGAAGCUACUGAAAUAUGUGAGAAGGACGAAGGAGAACUUUUAGAUUACGAAGCACAAAAGAAACUCAGCCCACAGUCCAAGGAGAUUCUCUCAAAUUUGGAGCAAAAAAGUUUCUGGAUGGGCGCUCCAAGUUCUGGCCCUUCAGCGGCAUUAACGGACGGAAAUGAGACACCAUGUGAGGAAUUUGAAAUGUCGUGUUGCUCGUACGAUUCAUCGGAAAAUGAACCCAUAGCUGACUUGAAGUGUGCCUGUUGCAAUGAACCGAAACCAUUUGCAUGCAAAACUGAGGCUGAAGUUGAUUUAGGCAAUAUUGGCAAAAUAAAUGUAGACGAAAUCACAGCAACUUCUACAACCCUGAGUUGGACCAUGGAAUCUGAGAGUAAUUGGCAAAAACCGUCUUUCCUAGUGACUUGGCGAACUGAUUCUGAAAGUAAUCGACGCAAGAGAUCGGUUGAUGAAAUUGUGGAAAAAGACACUGACGUAACGAUAUCAAACUUGGUGCCCGGUACAGAGUACAAAAUAAAAGUAGCACCUUAUUCUGAUCGAACAGGAGUGGAAGGCACAGCUGAGGAUAUUGUAGUCAAAACAAAAGACGAUGUUUCAGUAGCAGGCUUUACGCAAAAGUCUACAUGUGUCGUAACAAUUCUGAAGAUUACUUGUUGUGUUAUUGUCAUAUUAGGCAUGGGAUUUACAGUAUUUGUGUUCAUAUCCACAAGAAUGCUGUUUCUGGAUUGCCUCGCUCAACUGUUCUCAGAUAUUUCACUUUUAGGAGCUUAUCUAUGCAUUCUCGUAUCUUCAUCACAGUCCUACAGUAUAGAUGAUGAAUGUUUACGAGCAGAUCCUACUUUAUGCGUAGCAGUGUCAGCGCUGAUUCAAUUUUUCUUCCAAGCCGUGUUUCUGUUCAUGCUUCUGGAGGCAAUGCUCAUGUGCAGCGUCUUAAAAGAUUACCUACCAACUGGUUGCACGACAGGAUCACCAAUAAGUCUUAUGAUUGUUGGUUUUGGCAUACCAGCUGUGAUGAAUAUAGUGUUAGCAGCCAUAGCCAGUGAUGAUUAUUCUGAUCAUAAAUAUAAUUGCUGGUUGAAGUUGGAGGGCAGAGCCAUGCUUCCGUCUGUUGUACCUGUCAUAGUUUUUAGUGUGAUCGCAUUCUUUCUUUUGUUUUCUAUAUUUGAUGCGGAUGAACCAAAAGAAGGAGUUACGAGUACUCAGUUUCAGAGAGGAAAGGUAUUUAUAAAAACAAGAUGGACCUGUUUCGUGAUAUUAUCCUUCCUCUGUGUAGCUUACGCAACAGGCAUGGUGGGGGCCAGCAAUAAAGAUGAUAUCCUUAAUUAUGUAUUUGCAGCCUCCAGUAUAGCAUUAGGUAUUCUAAUACCAUUUCUUCGUAUAAGAUUUGAUGAUCAGGUUAGAGAACAACUGAAACAUGGUAUAUUCUUCUGUUUGCGUGAUGAUUUGGCUGGCAUUCGAGUCACACCUGCUCCAGAGGAUGAAUACGAAUCCAACAAAUUCCUAAACAUGUCUGAACUCCGAAGCACUAAACUCAAGCAACACCAACUCUCAGAUUUGAAGAUGAAGAAAGCAAAAUCAUUUACCGAUCCCGAUAUUGCAUGGCAUCGUUGAACACCGUUUUGCAGCCUUUUUAAACGUCGAAACUGAAAAUAUUGUUCCAGAAACUUUAUAAUGUUAAUCAACACAAGCUUUCUCAAACAAACGUCAUUUAAGUACUUUAUAAUAACUGAGGAACGAUGUUUUGAUCAUGGCAAUUGCUAUUGCACCGAUCUUCGGUAAAAUACCCCAACCGUUCAUCUACCGACUUUCGACGUCAGCACCACUUUAUGAGAACUAAUCCAAACAUUUAACAUUUAAAAACCUCAAUGUAAGGGUAUAACGGGUAAUCGUAAAUCGGGCAAUGAUAUUUCGGUUGUAAAAAAUAACAUACGGUGAUUUGUAUUAACAGCCGUUUUUCAUAUACUAAUAGUUUCCUUAAUCUUUUAUAAAACUUCCAAGUACUAGAAAUUCCUAGAAAAACGUGAUCACAAAGAAAUCGUGGCUGUCCUGAUUAUCAAAAAUAAAAAAAUAAUUGGGAAAAAUGUCACGCUAGCAGAACCUGCUUUGUGAUUGGUCGGAAUUUGCUUUGAGACAAUAAAAAAAAGUAAUUUUAUUGAACCGAUUGAUUUGUGUAAUUGGCAUCCCGUUUGAUCACCGGUUUUGUUAUGAAGAAACAAAAUGGGAAAUUUUAAUACUUGGAAAUUAUAAUACUCGUAUAAAAUCGGGAAACUGACCUACAACGAUUAAGUGAUACUUAUCAAAGUAAUAAAAAAAAAAUUGAUUAUUAAAAAUGUUUCCGUGUUUAACGGUUGAAACUUUAAAUUAUUAUUUUAUUUAAGGUAUCAUUAUCUUAACACAGUUCCAUAUUUAAUUAUUUUUAUUAGUGCUUGAACUUAACUAAGCAAUAAUGUAGUACGUAUUCGUUUUUACAAAAGUAUAACUUAAAAAAAUGUAUUUUACAAUAUUGCUAAGUGUUUUUUAAUGAGCUUCUUAAUAUCUAUUUUGAGAACCUUUGUGAAAAGUAUGUAUGCACAUUAAGGUG